AGCUUGCUAAGGACUCUAGUGCUAUUAAUGUGUUUGAUUUUGUUGAUCAGAUGCCUUCAAUAAAGCUGCAGAGUUCAGAUGGCGAGAUCUUUGAAGUGGAUGUGGAAAUAGCAAAGCAAUCUGUAACUAUCAAAACCAUGUUGGAAGAUCUUGGAAUGGAUGAUGAAGGGGAUGAUGACCCUGUGCCACUUCCAAAUGUAAAUGCUGCUAUACUUAAGAAAGUUAUACAGUGGUGUACCCACCACAAAGAUGACCCUCCUCCACCUGAGGAUGAUGAGAACAAAGAGAAGAGGACAGAUGAUAUCCCUGUUUGGGACCAAGAGUUUCUAAAAGUGGACCAGGGAACACUCUUUGAACUUAUUCUGGCAGCAAACUACUUGGAUAUUAAAGGCUUACUGGAUGUCACCUGCAAGACUGUUGCAAAUAUGAUCAAGGGUAAAACUCCAGAAGAAAUUAGAAAGACCUUUAACAUAAAAAAUGACUUCACUGAAGAGGAAGAAGCACAGGUACUGCCCUAAAAUGUAGUUAUUUGA